AUGUCCUUCGACUGGCGACAAGUGAGCAUCCCUACACCAAGUCCCGACCGCCGCCACCAAACUGGGCAAGUGAUAAUACGAACAACAGACGGUAUGGAUCCAACAACAACUAUCGGCAUUGUAAAAUGGUGUAUGGAAAGGGUUGUCCGGACAGUGGAGUUUGUGGGACGGGUUUGGAGUGCGGUACUGGUUGCAACACACUCUAUGGCGCAUGUGGAACGGUCACGGUUCCUAACCCCACAAACCAGGCGAUUACGUGUGGAGGAACAAAUAGAUGAUAAAUUUGUGGAGAUUGCUGCAGCUGCUCAGGGCACUGUGGCAGCUCUACCACACACCGUAACACUGGCUGCCAAAGUGCCUUUGAAACUUGCUCCGCUGGGAGCGGAAGCAGGGGUGGAGGAGCUUCUAGGACAUCUCUAG